ACCAGCUGUACGUCCCUGAAUCAGCUCAAGUAGGGAAACCAGUAGGGAAGAUCAAAGCCAAUGAUGAGGACCUUGGCAUCAAUGCAGACAUAAAGUACAGCAUCAUAAACUCAGAGGGGGCCAACAUGUUCUCCAUAUUCACGGACAGGGACCUCAGAGAGGGAAUCAUCAGCCUUAAAAAGCCUCUGAACUACGAGAGAAAGAAGACCUACACCCUCCACAUUGAGGGGAUGAAUACACAUGUGGAUCCUCGCUUUUCCUAUCUUGGUUCCUUCAAAGACACUGCCACCCUUAAAAUCACUGUUGGGGAUGUGGACGAAGCCCCUGUCUUUUCUAUAGAUCAUUAUAUCAUGGACGUAUACGAGAACUCACCAAGUGGCACAGAGGUGGGCGCUGUAAUGGCUCGAGAUCCUGACAGCAGGAACAGUCCUGUCAGGUAUUUCUUGGACAGCAAAGAGGAAGGAGUAAGGUACUUCAGAAUCGAUGAAAGCAGCGGAGUUAUACGGACGACACAGCCUCUAGACAGAGAAGACAUGCCUUGGCACAACAUCACUGUGAUGGCCUCGGAGGUUGAUAACCCCAGUCUUCUCAGUCACGUUCCUGUUACAGUCCAGGUGCUGGACGUGAACGAUAAUCCGCCAGAAAUAGCAACAGACGAAGAAGUCAUUGUGUGUGAGAGCUCAAGGCCAGGACAGGUGAUCCGGACUGUCACUGCAGUGGAUAAGGAUGACUUUGCCAAUGGACAGCGGUUUUCCUUUGCUUUGCCGAACCAGAUACCAGUUAAUCCUAACUUCACCCUGAAAGACAAUGAAGACAGCACAGCCAACAUCAUUGCCAGGCGGCGGCGUUUCAACCACCUGACCCAGGAGCUGUACGAGCUGCCCAUUGUGGUGUGGGACGGUGGGGAGCCGUCGCUGAGCGGCACCAGCACCUUGACCCUGCGGGUAUGCCCGUGCCAACGCCACGGCAGGAUCCGGAUGUGCCAAGGCGAGGCGUUCCUCUCCUCGGCGGGUCUCAGCACGGGGGCACUGAUUGCCAUCCUGCUGUGCAUUGUCAUCCUGCUGGCCAUCGUGGUUCUCUUCAUCACACUUAGGCGCAGCAAGAAAGAGCCCCUUAUCAUCUCCGAAGAGGAUAUCCGAGAGAAUGUGGUCACCUAUGACGACGAGGGUGGAGGCGAGGAGGACACUGAGGCCUUUGACAUUAUUGCCCUACGUAACCCAGCUGCCGCCGAAGAGCUCAAGUUCCGGCGGGACGUUCGCCCGGAAGCGAGGCAACACUGCGGCCCGAGCCGCAGCCGUCGGAGCCCAUCAGUGGAGCUGGACGAGGUGGAUGUGCACGAAUUCAUCAAGCAGAGACUGGUGGAGGCCGACAUGGACACCAGUGUGCCGCCCUACGACUCCCUCCAGACGUACGCUUACGAAGGCCAGGGCUCUCCAACAGGAUCCAUCAGCCCUUUAGACUCUCCCGGCACGCAAUCAGAGCAGGAUUAUAACUACCUGGACGACUGGGGGCCUCAGUUCCAGAAACUGGCAGAACUCUAUGGAGAGGCAGAUUCAGAUGUAACAACCUAGUCUGUGAUUUCACUCCUGUUCAAACCAAAUGUGUUUGAAAUCCGUUUUUGAAAUUUCCAGUGAACAAUAUAAACAGAGAUGCUUUCAAAAUGUUCCAGUGGUUUUCAACUUCUACUGUUGAACUAAAACGACUGCUCUAUUUUUAUUUUUUUUUCCCUUUUUUCAUUUUGUCGAUUUGGAUCAUGGGUCGUUCAUCUGGAAGUAUUAAAUCAGAUUUUAAGAUGGAAGAACAACAAUAUGGGGGAAAAGGAAAACAAUAUUUUCCUUGGUGUAUAUUUUUUAUUGCUCAAUAAAGUCCUGAAAUCCAUAUGAGUGGAUAUGUGAAA